AUGGGGAGGAGGAACUGUCCACUCUCAAUUAUCCUCCUACACCCUCAGCCCCUUGGUGGCAGUCACCAUCCAGCACCCCAGCUAGGUGCCCUACGUGCCCUCCCGCCAUACACAACCGUGUUUAGGAGGGGUCGAGAGGAUGGAUCACUGAGCCUCCGACCUGUGCGCGGAGGGGCAGCGAAGGUCGCCCGCGGGGUGCGGCGCGUGCGGCACGCAGGUGGCCCGCCGCGUGGAGGAAGCGGCGCGGGGCGUCGAGGGGGUGCAGGGCGCCCAGGGGCGCUGGGCGGGCUCGCUGCUCCCGAGGCGGCUGUCAGGGGCCGGCGGCUCCCCCGAAGAUGCAGCGCAGCAUAUUUUGCACAUGAGUUCAGAGGAAGAGGAAGUGUAGCCGGCGGACGCGCGGCGGCGGCGGGGGCGCGUCGCGGCUGGAGCCGGAGCGCGCCAGGCUCAGGGCGCAGCGAGCGGGAGCGCGGCGGCCGCGGGCUCCGCGGAGGGACGGACGCACAGAUCGCGGGAGGGACGGACACCCGAGCGCGCCGCGCCGCCGUUUCCCGCCCCCACCCACUGGCGCCCACGCCUUCCCCGCGCUGCCUGCGCUGUAUGGCACAAACUUUCCUCCCGGGACGGAACACGCUGUCUCGGGCAGCCCGCGCCAGCGCCUUCUCCUCAGCCAGUUCCGAACGCUGCUGAAAUGGGUUGCGGAUUGAACAAGUUAGAGAAACGCGAUGACAAACGGCCUGGAAACAUCUAUUCGACUUUAAAGAGGCCUCAGGUGGAAACCAAGAUAGAUGUGUCCUACGAAUACCGCUUCCUGGAGUUCACGACCUUGAGUGCUGGUGAGUACAGGCGGCCCUAGC